GAACUAUUAUCGUUCGUGUAAUUCACGGGACAUUCAAGAUUGUGAUGUCAUCAGUGAGAUGAUAAGUGGAUGUUAGCAACAAAGAAAUUCAUUCAAUAUACCAACAACAAAAAUUUCGACUCGAAAUUGAUGUCCGUGGAAAUUUGAGAUUUGUAAAUCAAUACAAAAGCAACAUCAGUCAAUACAAAAGUCACACAGUUAAAUCAAAUCAUGUUCUCAAUCUUCUAAUAGGAGAAAGCCACAUGUACAUACAUAUAUUUACACAUUGCAGAAACGCACUGACACUCUCUCAUCUCUGUUUGUCGAAUCAACACGGUGUUGAGCACGUGCUUUGGUAUAACCAAGUGCAGCGUUGCGAUGUUCUGGUGUGUGAUUGUGUGACUUAUCAUCGUUGUUCGUUAGCUACAACCAAAAAUGACGGCCCAUUGUGACUUCAUAGCUGGUGUUUUUGCUGGUGCAUGUAAUAUGUUCAUAUCCCACCCGCUUGACACGGUGAAGACGAACAUGCAAUCGGGAAAUAUGCGAUUUAUUCAAGCGACAAAAAUUCUAUUCAAAACCGAAGGGGCAAAAUCCUAUUAUCGUGGUCUUUUAUUUCCAUUGUGUUCAACGGGAUUCAUGAAUUCGAUCAUUUUUGGUGUUUAUGGCAAUUCGUUUCGAAUUUAUCAAAAUAUGACAUCAAGCGAAGAAUCAAAGCAAAAGUAUUGGUUUACACACGUAUUCCUGGGCGGUUGUACGGCCGGACUGAUAAAGGCAAUUUGUGCAUGCCCAAUCGAAUUAUCAAAGGUGCGAUUGCAGGUGAAAGUAAAUAAUGAAACGGGGCCAUUGAUGGUGUUUCGAUUGAUUAGACAAACAGAAGGUUUGCCAGGCGUUUUUCGUGGCUUAGAAUCCAUGCUCUGGAGAGAUAUUAUCCCAUACGGACUGUUCAUGUUUGUAUAUGAAUAUAUGAUAGAGAAAAUGCGAUCACCAUCACUUCAACGACCGUACCAUUAUAAAGAGGAAACAGUUGAACCAUUACGAACGGCAGUGGCUGGCGCAUGUGCUGGCAUGCUAUCUUGGAUACCGGGAAUUCCGUUUGAUGUAAUCAAAACGCGAAUGAUGACAACCACUAAUCCAAAUCAAUACAGAAAUGUAUUGCAUUGUUUCAGCGAAAUUACCAAAGAACAUGGAUACAAAUACCUUUUCCGUGGCGGCACAGUGUUGGUAUUGCGAUCAGCACCAGUCAGUGCAGUUUCAUUCAUUGCAUAUGAGCAUAUGUUGCGCCAUUGCCAAAGUCAUUAUCAGUUCUCAUGAUAGAUCGACUCGAAGUCACAAACUUAACCAAACACAAAACAAAUUAAGAAUAUUUUAGUAACGAAUGCGUAAAUAAUAAAUUUACAUUCAUUUAUAUUUUAGUUUGUAUGUGACAAAAAAAAACCACAUUGUAAUUUAUUUUUAUUUAUUUAUUGAACACUGCUUAUUAUUAUGUAUAUUUUAAAAUUUUUGUUUUGAUUAUGUAAAUUCCCAUGUAGACAAUUGGAUAACAAUCUUUUAACUUAUCGUACAUUUAUUUAUUGGUAUUUAAAUAAAUUGAUAGCAUAAA